CCGCAUAGAAGAAUAAAGAGUGAGUAGUGAGUGGUGGGUGGCUAUAAAGACAGUCCUAUUCUAACUUCAACGCCUCCCUCUCUCUCUUUCAGCCCCCUCUUCCUCUUCAAGCUGUUUGAAAGAAAAGAAAAGAGAGGAAAGGAAAAUGGGGAAUUGUCAAGCCAUAGAUGCAGCAACGCUAGUGAUACAACACCCAAGUGGUAAAGUUGACAAAUUUUAUUGGCCUGUUAGUGCAGCUGAGAUUAUGAAGAUGAACCCUGGUCACUAUGUUGCUCUUCUUCUCUCCACCACCUUAUAUCCAACUACUAAAAAUGCUGAAUGUCCUAACACCACCACCACCGUCGUCGUCACCCCCACCACCACCACCACCAAUAAUAAUAAUAGCUCUGUGCGGAUAACAAGAAUUAAGCUUCUCAAGCCUACAGAUACUCUUCUUCUUGGUCAUGUUUAUAGACUCAUAACUACUCAAGAGGUUAUGAAGGGUUUGUGGGAAAAAAAACAAGCACAAAAGAAGAAAAAUAAACCAGAAUCAGCAGAGAAGCCAUCUCCCGACGUAGAAGUAAAAAGAUCUCAACUUGAGAAACAUCAUCGUCAGGUAAGCAAAACUGAAAGAAGCAGAGGAAAGACAACAACAGCUACCAACUCUGGCAGUGGAAGUGCAACAGCAGCAGCAGCAGCAGCCAGAUCAAGAACAACAUGGCAACCCUCACUCCAAAGCAUCUCAGAGGCUGUCAGCUAAUUAAUCAUGUUUAUUAUAAUUAUUAUUAUUAUCAUGCUUAAUUACAUGAGAGAAACAGAUCAGCUCAUCACCUGCUCACAAAAUUUAAUAGAGAGACAGAGAGAGAGAGAGAUCAAGAUUCAAAAUCAUCAUUUGUGGAGGUAGCAGGUGACUGUGACUAUUAAAUAGCAGAGUGAAACUGAAUCUUCCCUUCCAAAUUGCAAGAUUUGGGUCAAUUCACAGUUGUAUAGCUCCCAAACAUAGUUAUUAGCAAAUUAAUCUUCUUUUCAAAUUGAAAAUUAGACUCUUCUGCUUAUUAUGGUUCGUUUAAUGUAGUAAUUGCUGCAUGUUAUUGA